AUGUCAUUGCCAGAACCAUAUUACAACGAUGAUAAAAGCUCAUUUGCGUAUCCGACUGUUCGCAAACGUUGGCCAACCAUUAUUGAUGGAGCAAUUGAAGAUGUCCAACAAACUAUUGAGAAUCACCAAGAGGAAGCAUCAAUUGGUCACAAAAUAAUUCAACAAUUAUUAAACACCAAAGAAGAUUUUGUUAAUGAUGCUAUUGUUAGACCAUUCACUGAUGAAGAAAUAACAAUCAAUCCUCAUUUGAAACAUUAUAAUGAAUCAUUGGAAAAUUUAAACAAAAUCAAACCAGUUACUUGGCAAACUGGACCAUGGUUAUAUUUAGAAUGUUACUUGUAUCAAUAUAUCAAUAAUUUUUUCAUUGUAAAUACCAAUGAAUUUUGGAAUCAUUAUGAUGUUUUCCAAAAUUUAAAAGAUAAAACUUUUAAACAAUCGGAAUUGGGGGUUUUAGAAUUAUGUAAACGUUAUGAAACAUUAUCCAAACAAUUGGAUCAAGCUAAUGAUGAAGUUUUACAUUUAUUAUUUAAAGAAUUUAUUGAUAUUUCUUUAUGGGGUAAUGCAACUGAUUUGUCUUUAUUGGCAGGAAAUGUUACUUUAGAAGAUAUUAAAUCGGUUCAAGGAGCAGAAGUACGUAAAAAGAAUGAAGAAAAAAUAUUAGUCAAUGAUUUAUCGCAAGCUUGGAAACAAUUACACAAUGAUGGUAAUGACUCCGGAACCAAACGAGUGGAUAUUGUAUUAGAUAAUUCUGGAUUUGAAUUAUUUGCUGAUUUGAUUUUGACAUUGUUUUUAUUGGAUUCUAAACUUGUUCAAGAAGUUCAUUUACAUUGUAAAGAGAUUCCAUGGUUUGUUAGUGAUACUAUGCCUAAAGAUUUCCAAGAUUUACUCAAUCAAUUGGUUGACCCUGAAUUUUAUCCACAAAUACAUUCAGAUGAACCUAGUUCUAUCAAAUUAGUUCAUGAUAAGAUUCAACAUUAUUAUGACAAACAUGCCCUUAUUAUUAAUCAUGAUCCAUUUUGGACAUUGGACUAUAAUUAUUGGUAUAUUCCUAAAUUUGACUCAUUAUAUUCAGAACUUCAACAUUCCAAUUUGAUUAUAUUUAAAGGUGAUUUGAAUUAUCGUAAAUUAACUGGUGAUUUACAAUGGCCUAAAACUACUCCUUUUAAAACUGCCAUACAGGAAUUAUCAACUUCAAAUUUACCAGUUUUAUCCUUGCGUACUUGUAAAGCUGAUGUUGUUGUUGGAUUACCUGAAGGAGUAAAUGAAAAAUUGAUUAAAGAAUAUGAAAAUAUGGGUAAUGAAAAUGGUCAACUUUGGAGUAGUUCCGGUAAAUGGGCAGUUAUUUCAUUCAACAAAUAG